AUGGGACCAGCUGCGGUACUCCUCGCCCAGAUCACCGCAGGCAGUUUAGAAGCCAUGCUCUUGUUGUGGUCUGCAUUUCCAGACGACAACAAUCUCGCAAGCCCAGUCUCAAGCACACCCUUCCUCUUCAUCUUGAUUAUCUCCUGCUACCACCAAACACCACAAUGGAUAACCUUGCACGCCAGCAUAAGCAUCGUUAUGAAGAAGUGGGCGUUAGACCACGCCCUGGAAGGUAGGAAGGACAGUGCUCUAGAUAUCUGCUGGGAGCUUCGUCUCGAACCCCGUAUCGGCGUCUACCGUCGAGCAAUGGUCAAUCUCCUGAUUGCACAGCUCCUUACCUAUGAUCAAAUGAAAUAUGCGGAAGAAUGCCUCGAUCUGCUUGAUAUCCUCCAGCAAAACAACAAUGGUGAGGUUAGCGACAACGUCAAGAACAUCAUCUCAAUCGCGGAGGACCUCAUCGAAGAACUCGAAGUCGAACGACUACAGACAGCGGACGCUUCGGGGGCAAGAAAAAUUGUCAUAGAUCCUACCACAGGUCUCCUUUCGGAUCCACCAUCAAGUCCCCCAACCAAAGACCAGCAGGACACCGCCAGUAACGCAAAAGGAGACAAGGAUGCUGAGAUGAAGGACGUCGUUGGCAAGGGCAGUGGCAAGAGUGUUCGCAGCGAUAAGAGCGGCAGCGGCGACAACGAUAUUAGUAUGAAGAGCGCAAGCGGAAACAGCCAUAGCGAUCAUGUCAGCAGCCAGAAGGACGCUGGCGACAACGACAGACGGGUCAUCUAUGUCUACAAGACCGACAAGACUGAGAAGGAUGAUGUCGCUGCUGACCACAAUAACACUGUCACCAUCGAGGGUAUGCUCAGAGAUAGUAGUCACAAGCCCAGAGUCAAGUAG